UGUUUGGAUCGAGUCCAACCGGGAAUCUCCUAGUGCGUUAUUUAUAGCAACGUGCCGUAGGUUGGCGUGGGAAAUCGUUCAACUUCUGCGACGAAGAGCGUAUCGGAAAUCUUGCGAGAGACAAUAAUGUAUACAAAAUUAUAUGAUCGCGUAACGGCGUGACAGAAUUUCGAAAAGCUAAGUUCGAAUCACAGCUCUCUUGUCCGAAGUGUUGAACAUUUAUUUCGUCGUAAUUUCAAGCAAUUUUAUCCAACUAUAGAAUAAUAAAAAUGAACGUCGAAAAAUGUAUGCUAAUUAAACUCGAUUAUUGCAACGAUUGGCCUGUGACUCGAAUGAGCAGCAAAGAGCUCGCGAAAUAAAUAGAGCGAGGCAUCGAUGCUAACGAAGCAACGACCAGUAGUUCGCUUCCGGAGAACGAAUAAUUGUUAAAAAUUCAUAAAAGAAGAACAACACGAAGAUAAAAAGAUUUAAUCUCGUUCCUCAGAAGAGAGAAAGAAGAAAAGAGAGAAAAAGAGAGUUCAUAAUCGCGAGUGAGGAUCCUAUACAAUGCCAAUCAGUCGGUAACGGUUGACAGUGCGCGUAGAUCACUCUUCCAAUCCAUAUCGGUCCGUUAGUUUAAAAUCAACCAGAACCAUGGCUGCACACGUGUUUCAUCUCUUCCUUUUACUCUUCACGUUUACUCUCGCGCAGUACAACGACGACUCGGACUACAACAAUUUCGAGUUUUACGAAACAAUUCCAACGACUUACGAACGCAGCGCGAAUGAAAAUUACCAAGCAACGGGGCCUGAUGAUUUUUACAUCAUUUCGGAUCUCGAGGAUGCUGCGAAUGCUCGAGAUUCCUGGAAUUCCGGGAUUGAAGACCUCGAUCGAGUCUUCGAAAAUGAAAUAGCCAACGAAAAGUUCCGGAUACCAAGCGAACGUGAGAGAGAUUUAUACAAAAGACAAGAGAAAAUCUAUCGUUAUACGAAACAUCGGAUUCCUGGCUACGACUACGAUGAACUUGAUUUCAUGAGUGCACGAGGAUUUCAACAAUGUGACGAAAAAUCAGUUUGGACUAAUUGCGUUUGCCAAUUCACUUGUCAACAUCCCAAUGUCGUCGAUUGUUUCACACCGUGCAAAAAUGGCUGCGAGUGCAAAGAAGAUUAUGUUUUCGAUGAGAAAACCAAAAGUUGCAUAUUGCCCGAGCACUGCGAACAUCGCACCAAAGAUUACUCAAUUUAUGAAAAAUAAAUCGAAAAUUUUCAAA